AUGAGUCUCAAGGCAACAAACCCAGGGAACGAUGGCGGCAUUGUCAGCGGCUUGGUGAUUAUUCGCCGAAACCUGCAAUCUUCCAUCUCCUAUGUGACGCUCUCGACGAAAGAAACAAAGCCGACGACAGUCGACGACGAUUACGAGUUUCAAGGAGCUCCGAGGCUCGCGGGGGAGCCCUCCGCAUCGGCGGACGUGCCGUUAACGUGGCUCGAUAGUCCGUACGUGCGUCGACAUGUGAUCGACAUGCGGUCCGAGGCGUCGUGCAAGGCCAUCAUGCCCUCUCCGGAAAUAUCUUCUGACGCAAAUUCAUCAAGUGGCCCACUUGCGGCGUCUCUCGGCCAUCUCGCCAACUCAACAGAGCGCGUGCUGCUCGUGAUUCCGCGCCACGGCCUCGGCAACAGCCUGCGCGGCUUCGUCUCCGCGUUCGUCUUCUCGCGCGUCUCCGGCCGCCGCCUUGUGCUCUUCCACGGCGGCGCGCACGGCAAGGUUCUCGACGCGCUCUGUGCCGCAUUCGACUGCGGGUUGGACGAAAUGCGAGGACUCGGCGCGGAGGAACAACAGCUGCUGGCUUCUCCAGGAAAUGAUGAGAGUGAUGCUGCCGCCGGUGACGGGAGACGAAAAGGAAGGCUCGUGGGAGAGGCGGCUGUGCGCGCUGUGCUGAAGAAGCUUAACUUCGUGGAUCUCCAAGCGCAGGGCCGCUCGCUCGUGGUGCGGCAGUCCAUACCAUCAGCCACUCCCUUGGUUCUCUCGCGCAGUGCGCACAACUUUGACGGCUUCUGGCAGCACUACCCCGCUGUCAGGCGCUGCGUUGCCGCCGCAUUCAACUGCCGGGAGGGCGACGCCUGGUGUGUGCACUCACAUGCUCUGCAGCAGCUGCUUCCCCGGCCCUCCCCGUAUCUUGUGUCUGCCAUGCGAGCAGUGGUGCGGCGACGGCGGCACAUGGGAAUCGGAGGAGGUUUGCUGGAAGCUGGUGGAGAUGAGGAAAGCGAUCUGUCACUCCAAGGGCUUAUGUUUGACAUUGCGCUGCACAUGCGCACCCGGCCCUUGUCGAUCGAAGGGAAGGGUGGGGGUGGUGCGGGCCGUGGAAGCAACGUGGAAGAUGGGAGCGCUGCGACCAACGAGCUGGCGCAUGUGGGAUGUGUUGACGAUGAUGGCACAGGGGAAGAAAAGCGUCCGCGCGCGAAUGCAACCAGUGCGUUCCUACAGCGCUGCCUCUGGUCGUGCCUUGAUAGUGUGAUCCGAGAGUUGGUACAGAAGCAAGGGAAUGUCCCUCCCCCCCUUUCUGCUGCAUCCAACUCCUUCCCUCAACAACCACUCUCCAUUUUUUUGGCCACUGACAGCGAGGAGUUGAGAGGCGAGCUUGUCAAUCGUCUGUCAGCUUACGGUGAUGUGUACUACUCAACAGGUGCUGUCGUGCACUCCUCCAAGUCUGCUACUAGUGUGGCUGGUACAAGCGGGGAAGGUGCCCACUCAGCAGCGAGGCCCAGUAGGGACGAAGGCCCAGGAGAUUCCACAACAGCCACUGGUGGUAGCAAGGAUGAGCUUAGCUCUACAGCUAUCCCCCAGGGGAAGCUGGCAUGGAACCUGCCCACAAUGGGGGAGUUUUUCCUGCUGAGUCGAGCACACGCCAUCAUAGAGGCUGGCGAGUAUGUAAGCUCAUUUGCGUACCAAGCUGCCCUGUUGGGGAAUGGCACCUUGGCAGGGAUCAAGUGGGGCAAAGCGUCCUUCGCCUCCCCCGAUAUCGUCAACCCCCAUCGCGACCUCCUCACGUUCUUCUACACCCAAGCAGCCCUCCCGCCCAUGCCUUCACCCUCGCGAUCCGUUUGGACACAUGCCGCACACGCAGAGAGCCCCGCAUCAGUCGCCGCCUUAAUGGGAACAAAAGCGGCGCCGCUGCGGCAGCCAGCCGCUGCAUCCCCAGCAUCUCCCCCCCCACCCCCUGGUGGUACCUCUUCCGCCUCGUCGCCGGGCCGGGGAGGCGCGCCGUCGUCGCCGUCGCAGGGUUGCGACAAGCAAUUCUCGUACACAGCGUCGACGGGGUGCACGGGCGGGAACGGCGCGGCGGUGGGGUACGUGUUCGGCGGGCUGCUGUGCAUCCUGCUCGUGCUCUUCGUCUCCCUCACCGCCAUCUGCGUCUACCGCCGCCGCUACGCGCGCUACCUCUCCACAUCUGAACCCCCCCUCCGAUCGGACCUAUCAGGCAUACAACCCAUGGCAACAACGCACUCCCACCAGGCACCACGGAAGGAGGACCCCGCGCCGCUCACCCCCGAGCCCUGUCCAGGCGUGUGGGUGACUCUCCCCGGCCCUGCUGACGCCUCCCCAUCCGCCUCGGGCGCACCGCACCCGCCUCUCCUGCAAGUGGCCUGGCCCGAGAGCUACGACCGCCGCCUUGCUCGCGCCGCCCGCGCCAACCACCACGCUGCGGCUCCCACUGCUGCUGGCUCUACCCUGGGCCCAUCGUCCGCUGCUGCUGCUGCUGCCGCUGGUUCUGCUGCUGGUUCAGCCGGUGCUACUGGCAGUGGCAGUGCAGCCACGACGGGCCGGGCGGCGUUUGGAGCAGGGCAGUCGCUGUCGUUCCGAUGGCCCAGCGCAGGGGGGUCCAUGCGAGCAGGCAGCCAUGUACCCUCGCCCGACUCCUCUGUCCAUUCCAUCUCCAGCCUCGAGCCUUCGGUCCAUCUGUCUGUUAAAGGGGGCGCCAGCUUUGGCAGCAGCGGUAGGGGGGCGAUGUUUGGGAGCGGAUUGUAUGGGAGCAUGGGGAAUGGUGGUGCGGGCGUGGGGGGGUUAGCUGGUGGUGGGGGGGCGGGAGGAGUGGUGGCGGUGGGUGAAGGGGUGUUUGGAGUGGCGUCUGGGGCCAUGCUGCCUGUGAGGGAGCAGGGUUGGGGCACUGAUGCUGUGCCCGGUGCUGCUGUGCAGGGCACGGGUGUUGGCGAAAUAAGUGCUGCUGGCAGUGCCGCUGCUGGUGGAGUCUUUGCCGGCGAGUCAGGGUCGGGAGUUGGUCCAGAAAAUGCUGCUGCAACAGCAGCCUUGAUAGGGGCUGCAGGGCUAGCAGUGGCAGGCAUAGAAGGGGAAGGGUCAGGGUGCAGCAUGAGGGAACACCCAAUGUCCACUGCACAAUUGCCGGUUUCAUUAGAGGAGAGUGUGUCACUAAUAACACCACUGCCCGUCCCGGCACAUCUGCAACGAGCAGAGAGCUGUCAGGAGGGCAGCUUUGGCAGCGGAGUUGGCGAUGGUAUUUGGAAUGGUCACAGGCACGGGCAUGGGCACGGGCAAGCGGGGGGUGGGGUGGGGCAAGGAGAGGAGCAUAUGGAUGGAUUGCAUGGUGCAGGGCUGGAGCACGGGGGGAGGGCAGAGGGUCGGCAGCACGGGGGCAACAUCUGGCAGACCAUCUCGUCUCUCUCCAUCUCGCGCCAUGCUGCUGGGCAUGACUUAUGA